AUCAGAGUAGAAUUUCCUCGUGAACAGCAUUGGGUCAACUCAGCCCAAUUAUUUUAGAACCCAGUCGACCUUAGCCUUUUGGGUUAAUUUUCAUCUAAGCCCAAUAUCAUGCCAAACCAGUUUCUUUUUACCACUUUGUACUUCCAGACAAUUUCACAUAACUGAAGAAAGGAAGGUAAAAAUACAGAAGAAAAAUGGAAACCGACGGUCAGGAUCACCCGGCAUACGAGAUUCUGCUUUCCUGUCCUAACGGUCUCUCUCCCUCGCAGGUGACUGUUGAUCUUAAUGAGGCCUAUGAUAGAAUUCCUCACCCAGAUGCUGAUUUAGAGAACUCCAUUUCUGAGAUAUGGGAUGCAAGAACUCAGAAGAAUGCUUCAUUGUUCAAUGGUCUUAAGUUUAGGUAUGGAGGACAUACGUAUUACAAUGGUGUUGGUUCAAAUGAGGAGCUGCAUGUUAGCCUUCACCUGGGUUUGACAGAUUAUAGGACCUUUGUGGGCACCAAUUUAAGUCCUUUGUGGGAAAGAUUUCUCAUUUCAUCUGAAGAUGAUUGUAGGCGAUGUCAGCAUACUGCAAGCCCUCUUGGAAAUGGAGCUGUUGUUGAGACAUCUGACAAGAAAAUACUUGUGCUGCAGAGGAGUAACAAUGUGGGAGAAUUCCCUGGGCACUACGUUUUCCCCGGAGGGCAUCCAGAGCCGGGAGAACUUGGAAUUUCAUCUCAUCUUACCAGUGAUCAUAACAACCAAGAAAUGAUCAAGGAAAAGCUUUCACAGGAGAUGUUUUCUAGCAUUAUCCGUGAAGUAGUAGAAGAAAUUGGAGUUCCCCCAGAUGCUUUAGGCAAUCCACUCUUUAUCGGAAUAUCCCGUCGGGUGUUGAAUGUCAGACCAGCUGCUUUCUUUUUCAUGACAUGCAGUCUUGAGUCUACAGAAAUCCAACGACUAUAUUGCAGUGCGGCUGAUGCCUAUGAGUCAACCCAGCUUUAUUCCGUAUCAAUGCAUGAUUUGGAGAAGAUGGCGAUGAAGAUGCCAGGCUGCCACCGAGGAGGAUAUGCACUCUUCAAAUUGAUGAAGAAUGCUGAGAAAGAUAUGGCUAAUGGGGAUACAUAACUGCUGCAAAAGUGAGAUUCAAAACCAUUUUGCGCUUUCAUUCCAAUCUUAUGUCACCUGCGGCUUUAGGUGAAAUUAUAAAUUGGUUGAUAAGAGUAUAAAAUCAGGUACCAAAACCUUGAACCAAAAUUUUAAAAAAUGUGGGGUUUUGACUUAGUUACUAUUCAUAUAGGACUAGUGCAUUGCUCUUUUGGGCUUUGAUUUUGGGCCUGUAUGGUUUGAUUUUCUACCACUAUAUGGAUCGAUUUCGUCAAUUAAACCAAAGUGGUCGUGGUGGAGUGGUAAAGACUCCUUUACCCUUAACCAUAGAUCGGGGGUUCGAACCUCGCCAUGGGAAAAAAACCAUGAGCGAGGGAGAUUAGUUACUGUAACCGACGGUGAAUAUCCUGUAAUUUGAAAAAAAAAAAAAACUGUAUGUUUAGGCAUACAUGAACAAAAUAUUUCCAUUCCGUUUUUUGUUUUCAUUUUAAUUUUGAAACUACUU